AUGUCGCAGAAUCUUCGACGUGCAGGUUCCUUGUCUAGAGAUACGCCUCAGGAUGAUGAUUCGGCGAUAGACAGUGACCGUUGGCUUGUCACCAGCCGCAAUACAUCACGUCGACCACCACUUCGGACUCGACCUCAGUCAUGGCAUCCAUAUGGACCCGUGGAGCCGCCAUUAGAGUCCUUGUCAUCACGCCCAAUUGGGGUUCAUGCCAUCUUGAAUCCCCCCUCUCAGGCAACAACAGAGCUGGCUCCAACCAGUAAUCGUAAGCCACGCGUUCUACCGGGCUCGCCUCGACCUCAGGUCUCCUCGCCAACCACCCGUCCAUCACAUCCUUCGGUGCCGCAGCCAUUGUCUCCUCGGUCCCAUGCACGCCCUUUGAUGAAUCCAGCCUCGCCCUCGGCACGGUUUGUGGGUGGAGGUGGUAGGACCUCUGUACAGUCGAGCGUCGCACAGUCACCGCUAGUUCCUCAGGAACAUUUGAUGGGCCCGCGCCUUCCCGCUUCCAGUUCGCCUGUGCCACUAGACGCGGGCCUACGUCCAAUAGCAUCUAUUACCAGCACACAGCCACCUGUGCUAGCUUCGCUGCAUUCUACACCUAGUUUGCAUUCCCGACGAACGAGCGUUGGCCCAGGGCCUCUCACCAACCCGAGUUCUCAAGAGACAAGCCCCAGCACACCCCAUUCAACUUUCAGUCCAUUUGGUCGAGUAUCCCCAGCUGUGACUAGCGUCUCCCUCCCACAAAGCGCCACAUCAUAUCCCACUGCACCUCCCCCGUACAUGAACAUGGACCCAAUGAGCCGGGGCGUUCCCGCCACCAAAGGACCCAGAUCCCAGCCCGAAGAAAACCCAACCCGAGCAGGCCCACCGCAGGGCAGUCCAUUACCAUCAGGAAUGAUCCCGUGCGUGCUAGACAUGCGAUCCGGGUCGAGCAGCCAAGCCGAAAAGCGCAAGGCGAACAGCGACGCCUCACGGCGCUUCCGCAACCGCAAACGCAACGAAAUGCAACUCGAGCAGCGGCUCACAGCCCAGCAAGACGAGAUCCAGCGCAGCGUAGAAACAGUCCGCCGCCAGAACGAAGAGCUCCGCUCCCUCGUCCAACAGCGCGACCACUACCGCUCCGAGCGCGAUUUCUACCGCGACCAUCUCGGUCGCACAAUGUCCCUAGCCGCUCUGCCCCCAAGACCUGCUUCCCCAAGAUCGACCCAAUCCGCAUCCACCCUUGUCGCACCCGAAGGUGCUCCGUCCACUUGGUCGGGCGCUGAUGCUGCCCGAUCCGUUUCAGGCACACAACCCGCUGCGGGUGGCCCGGCGGGAAGACUGUUGGACUCGGCUCAGUCGCAGCCUGCUUGGCCUGCAAACCAGCCUUAUUCUACAGCCCCUAUCCAACCCGCUGGACGGGGGUUACUAUUACGCCUGCUGUGUCGCCGUCGCUGUCUGGAGGCCCACUGCCGCCUCUCCAGGGCUCUUGGUCGCGCCCUUGAACUUGCGACAUAUAUCCAGCAAGGUUCUAUUCUGUUCUCUCAUGUCAUUUUCCCUUUCUCUUUACUCCUUUUAUUCCCUCUGUCUGCGUUACCAAGGAAGAAAAAAACAAAGCGGUCACUGGUUUGGCCGCUGGCAGGUGGUGUAUGCACCUCUAGUAAUGUGGUCUACUUUGAAAGUAUUUCCUCCCACAGGCUGGGUUAA